AUGCAUUGUUUGCGAUCUUGCCAGGAGGGGCUCCAGUGUGGAGAGAGCUCCAGUUCCAGCUGCCCUCCCCGGUGCGCUGCUGCUAUGGCGGACUCUCCUCUGACCAUCCUGGCCCUCUUCAAACUCUGGGAUGAAGAGAAUCGGUCCUUUCAAGAGAGUGUACCAGAUGAGAACACAUCAGAGUGCAAGCCAUGCAGUCAGCCCUGUGGGCCUCCCAGUGCCCAGCUCAGUGUCCAGCCUUAUGUUUCCAGUGGGACAGGAUCUUCCUCCUCACUAUCCCCUGCCUCAGUCGCUGAGGACGUCUUCUUUGGUAGCACCAAUGAAGACCAGGAUGCGUGUUCAGUAGUCAGUGAUUACGACUGCCCCUGUGCGGAGGUGAGCAACAGUGUGGAGGACCUGCUGGGCCUCAGCUCUUCUCUCAGAGACUCUGAGUACUUUAAAGACCUGGAAGAGGGGAUACCGGCAUCACAGUCUACUGCAUCCACGGUCCCAGAGAGCAAUACCUUAACUGUUGGCCUACAGGUGUCCCUAAACACAGACAGUCCUGUCACCAACCCAGCCGUACAGACUUGUUUGACCACACACUCCCCUCGGGUCAAUGCAUCACCUCCCCCCUACUAUAUAAAUCCUGCAGAAGAACGUCAUCACAACUUUGUAGUCACUCAGCUUAGUCCUAAGUUACUGCCAGGUUGUAUCAUUGACAGUGGUGACUCCUCUGGCCCUGCAGUAGGGUUUAGCUUGACAAUUAAUCUGAAUGGACUGUUGGGAUCAAUGGAGACAGCAAAAGGAAUAACAGAACCAGAGGAAGUAAAGGAGCAACCCACAAUGGAUUCAGAGGGAGAGCCCGACCUGGACAGCUUUCCUACUCUGGUCAGAUCCAUGUCAACAUCUCGGAGGCACAGCUGGGGUGUCCCUGUGUCCCCCAUUAACCUGGGGAGGAGACUGAGUCUGGAUACCAUGAACAUGGACAGCGAUGGAGAGAGAGACGAUGAUGAGGAGAGACACAAAAGUCUCUUCCAGUCCACCCAGCAGCAGACCUACAGCUGCACAGCCUGUCCAGGAGAUGAGACAGAUGGUCCCAGGCUGAUAGUGAAGCAGAGGAACAACAGAUCAGACACCAAAGAGAAAGGAAAUGUCACCUGGUAUGAGUUCCUCUCUUAUGAGAAUGAGGACGAGGAGGAUCGAACAGAGAAGGUGGAGAAAGGCACCAAGGUGAAGAGGACUCUCAGCUCUCUGAGGAACAGGAUGACGGGCUCCUUUAAUAAAGAUAAGGGUAAGAACAGAGAAAAAGAGCAGCAGAAAGAAAAGGGGAAGGAGGCCAAAGAGAAAGUGUACGGCAGCAGCAACAGCAGCAGAAGCAGCAGUGGGCAUUUUUUGGUGCCAGGCUCUUUCUCCAGCUGUGCCACUUGCUCACUGUGCAGCAAGACCCUGCAGAAAAAGCAUGGCCUGCAGUGCAUGAAUUGUGCUGUGAACGUUCACAAGAGCUGCAAGUCUCUGCUGGGUGAGUGCACCAGCAGCAAGAAUAAGAGAGAAUCUCUACCGAGGGCUGGCUCAUCAGGAUCUCCUAAUCUUGCGCUAAAAGACCGGGACAGGGAGAGGGAGCAGUUUGGCCCAGCCUCAUCACAGGCCCUGGAUGGCCACCCAAGUUAUUUCAGCACCCCAGGCAUGACCAUUAGUCCGUGGGGACCUAGCACUCAUCCGACUGCUGCCCAUACCACCAGCUCCACCACAGCCUCCAGCCUUGGCCACAGCCUCCGUCACCACAACAGCUCAGGAUCCCUCCCUGGGGAGAUGGAUGAGACAGAUGCUCUCCGCUCCAAACGCUGCAACGAAGACGCCAUUUCCCUUGCUCCCUCCACCACAGAGUCCAUCAUCGUUGAAGAUGCUCACUAUGCAGCAGUGCGGGCCGAUCUGGAGUGUGAUGCGCAGGACCUGGAGGCAGAGUCCUGGAGUUUGGCAGUUGACCAGCAAUUUGUUAAGAAGCACUCUAAAGAAACAGUGAAGAGACAGGAUGUGAUAUAUGAGCUGAUGCAGACGGAGAUGCACCACGUGCGAACACUGAAGAUAAUGCUGCAUGUGUACGUGCGGGAGUUGAAGGAGAACCUCCAGAUGGACUCGAGCAGGCUGGACUGUCUGUUCCCCCGCUUGGAAAACCUUCUCGAGCUUCACACAAAUUUCCUGUCUCGUCUCAGAGAGCGUCGGCGAGAAAACCUUGUCUCGCCCAACGAGAAGAACUACACUAUCAACAGAAUAGCAGAUAUUCUGAUUGCACAGUUCUCGGGUGAAUUAGGCGAGAAGAUGAAGGACAGCUAUGGAGAUUUCUGCAGUCACCACACUGAAGCUGUCAGCUACUACAAAGAACAGCUGCAUAACAACAAAAAGUUCCAAAACAUCAUACGGAAACUCAACAACCUGUCCAUUGUUCGGAGGUUAGGAGUGUCCGAGUGUAUUCUGUUGGUGACACAGCGCAUUACCAAGUACCCAGUACUAGUGGAGCGCAUUCUUCACAACACUGAAGCGGGUACAGAGGAGCAUGAGGAUCUAACUCGAUCAAUGGGUCUGAUUAAAGACACCAUCGUUCAGGUUGACGCGUUGGUUAAUCUCCACGAGAAGAACUCUCGACUUCGAGACAUACACAAUAAGAUGGAACCAAAGGCACUGGGAAAAAUCAAAGAUGGCCGAGUGUUUCGUAGAGAGGACCUGGCACAGGGCAGGAGACGGCUGCUGCAUGAAGGCACAGUCAACUGGAAAGCUGCUUCUGGCAGGCUCAAAGACAUUCUGGCAGUGCUCCUGUCAGAUGUGUUGCUUUUGUUACAAGAGAAGGAUCAGAGAUAUGUAUUUGCUACAGUGGAUAACAAGCCGUCAGUGAUCUCUCUUCAGAAGCUGAUUGUCAGGGAGGUAGCCCAUGAGGAAAAAGCCAUGUUUCUUAUCUGUGCCUCCUCCAAUGAGCCAGAGAUGUACGAGAUCCACACAACCUCCAAGGAGGAGCGAAACAGUUGGAUGACACACAUACGGCAGGCUGUUGAGAGUUGUCCUCAUACUGAAGAGAGGCUGUUCAGUGAGGAGGAAGAGGCACGAGCUUCCAGGUUCAAAGAAUUUCAAGAACGGCUGAGUCAGAAGGAUGCAGUGAUCGUCCAGACUCUUACUGAGAAGCUGCAGCUGUUUGCGGACAUGGCAGAGUCUGUGACAGGUCCAGAGGACACCGCUUCACGUUCUAGACUUCUGCUCCGAGGAGAUGCCUCAGACCUCCAGCAGGGGGAGGCCCUGCUCAAAGGAGCUAUCACUGAGGUGGAGAACCUCCAGAACCUGCUGCAGUCCGGAGUGAGGGAGGAAACUCCAAUCUCACGGCUGGAAGAAGGAAGCGGCUCUGGGGUUCUGCCCAGGCGAGCGGAUACCUUUGGGGGCUAUGACAGCAACCCCACCAUCCUCAAUAAGAAUGGCAGUGUGAAGAAGAACUUUUCUGGUGAGUCCAGAAACAGAGACAGAAGCCAGAGAGCCAGCUCUGACCCUCUGCUCAAAGACCUCUGUGGCAGCAACACCCUGGAACAGACGGUUGAUGAGAGCUGCUGCUCUCCUGCCAGAUGGAACCGCAUCUGGUCCAACUCCUUCCCCGAGGCUGAGUUCUUUGACAGAGUGCUGAUGCUCUCCCAAAGGCUCUAUAGUCUGCAGGCCAUCAUAUCACAGCGGGACAGUCAUAUUGAGCUGCAGCGGGCCUCCCUGCCCGGUCGUCACAGAGGGAACGUGCUACUGGAGCAGGAGAAACAGCGUACUUUGGCCCUGCAGAGAGAAGAGCUGGCCAGCUUCCACAAGCUUCAGUCUCAGCACCGGCAGGAGCAGCAGCGCUGGGAGAAAGAGAGGGAGAGGCAUCGCCAACAAGUUGAGGCCACUGAGGCCAGGCUCCGACAAAGGGAGGAGGAGUGCAGACGACUGGAGGAGCAUCUAGCAGAAGAGAGAAAAGAGCUGGAGAUUCAGAGGGAGAAGUACCAGCGGGACCUGGAGAGGCUGAGGGAGUCCACCAGAACUGUGGAGAAAGAAAAGGAACGCCUGGAAAACCAGAAGAAGAUUAAGAGGAAGACUAUUGAGGUGGCUCCUCUGUCCGGCAGUCUGAACGGGGAACUCCUCAUGUCCUCCGCCCUCGCCACCCCCGCCAGUGUCUCCGACCUGCCCCUGCCUCAGAAGCCCCUGGUGCGUGGCAGCCUGUCUGUUGCGCCGGCCGACUAUCCAGAGCGCCCUGAAGUGAUGUUGCGGCGGGAGACGAGCUCCUCCACCCUGCCGCUGAAGACGGAGGUGCCCCUUCAUCUCUUCAGCACCACCAACCAGCUGCACAAACCGGUGGGGGUGCAGCAGCAGAUCCCCACCAAGCUGGCCGCCUUCAGCAGCGGCAAAGGGAAAGGAGGCAAGAUUGGCAAAGCCUCACAUCGCACUGACAGCACUGCCUCUGUGGAUAUGAAGCAGAUGCUGCCGAUGAAGCUUUCCGCCCGAGAAGACAACGCCCUCAAGUCCAAGCGCUCCAUCAGCCCCCACCAGCAGCUCCCGCUGUCAGCCCCUCCUCAGUCUCACUCCCUGCAUCACCACACAGAUCAACUCAGUCCUCCAGACAUCGCUGGACCAGAUACCCAGUCCACCUCCUCCAUCAGCACCUCCCACCCUCCAAAUGUUCAAAAGCCCCCCAUGCCUCCUGCACAGUCCCAUCCUCAGCCCCCCAUGCAGCCUCCCACCAUCCCUCCCCACUCGCACAGCGCUGGCUCCCUCCAGUUCCAGUCCCAUCUGCAGCCUCAGGGCCCCAGUCCCAACGCUCAGGCCCAUGUCCAGGUGAAUGUUCCCGGCGUCACCCACAGCCACAGCAUGCCACCUUACAAGAUGAACACAGAAGACCUCAAUAAGGAGGACGUGAUCUUCUUCUAAACUCCAGUGUGCUGCCCUUUGGAUCAACCUGCUGAUUGUGGAAAAACAACAAAAGAAAAAAAAAAAAAAAUGAUGUGAUGGUUGCUGGUCCCAAAUCAACCGUGUGUCCCAUUCCAAGGAGCCUCUUACAUGUGAUAAUGUGAUGUUGAUGGUAUGUUUAGUGUGGUGUUAUUGAGGCUUAAAUGAAGGUAAGAUAGUUUAAAUAUCUGUACAAAGUUACAGCAAUCCAUAGCAGAGAGCAGAGCCUUUGUCAGCACUACAGUGGCCCAUGCAGAAAAAGAAGUUCUUCAAGAAAGGUGACUUGGUUCUAUUUUAACACUGCUACCACAUCUUUGUUUUAAGCUGCCACGGUUUCUUUUUUAUUUAAUUUUUAGCUAAAUUUCUUAACUCGAGAAGACAAAGAGUAGUAUAAAAAGGAAACCAUUUUCGAAGAACAAAAGCUUCUUGUAACUUGUAUGAAAAAGGUUUAAAAGAAGUUCUACCAAUCCAAAGACAUUACGGCGAGAGCUGAAGGGGAUUUGACUGAAAGGUACAAUGUGAAAGAAAAGCGGUCGGGGGAUUUUCAGGAGACUCUGAUCAGCUCGGUUAAUGAAGCAUGAAAAAUGAAAGGUGCAGUGAUGGCGCCCCUGGCCUUAACCGCCUGCUUCUGCUGGACCUGAAACCACAAGAAAUGAUUCAGGAACUCCAAAAUGAUCCAACUCUUAAUACACAAAUGCUCUCUGCUCGGUGUUUCAUUUGCACAGUGUAAAUACUCCAUUCCAGACUAAGACAAAAUGUGUAUUGUUCGGUUGUACAGUUGUCAAAAUUGUGAAGGUUCAUUGCAUUUUGUUGUUCUUGUUCUGCUUAAUCAUGCUUAUUACAGAAGGCUGAACUUGUGGAAUACAUUUCUAGUGUUGCCGCUGGUUGUGAAACCAGACUCUGGUCAGCAGUUCUUUUUCCAGGCUGUUGUGUAAUAAUGCUCCAUUUCAAUUAUGGAGAAUUCAGCUUGUGGCAAAUUCUUCUGUUUUUCAAAAUGAGACAAACUCAGGGAUGCCUUUAUUAUGUCUGUACAGUUUGAAGUUAUGCUAGACUUUACUGUGUACUCCUUAUCCUUCCAUUAAUAAUAUUUAUAAACACCAUUUCACGUACAUGCAGUUGCUUUUGUGAGCUCGAGCACCAAGUAGGUUAGCUUAUUGAUAAAAUAUCACUUUUUUUAACAUAGAAAGCGAGAAAUAUGUAAAUUUGUCUAUUCAUUAAUUAAAUUAGCCUUCAAUCGUUAGCAUUUAAACGCAUAUUUCUCAAACUUUAAGCAGAGCUAUUGACCCCAUAGACAUCCUGGGAAUCACCGCUCAUCAGAUUGUACCUUGUAGACAUCAGAAAGGCCUCACUAAGUUUGUCACACCCUGGGUUACAUUUCACUGUAACUCAGGGUAAUCCCCUUUAAGAGACACGUCUAUGAGAAACAUGGUGUACUGUACAAUUCAUGACAUUUCAUGCUGAAUGUUGUUUUAAGGUUGAAAUUAACAUUUUUUUUUUUUUUUUUUACUGCUUUUAGAAGAGAACAUUUUGGGAAAAAAGCUUACUUGGCGUAAUCACACCAUUUUUUAACAGAUGAUAUGCACUGAAAAUAUCAAAAUCCACAAUCAUAUUAAUGGAAUAUAUAACUUAGAAUAAAAGCCUCUAUUUGUUAUUCCCAAACAGAAACAAGUCAGAUUAUGACAACAAGCCCUAAACGUGCAUAAAGGAGCACAGUGUUUAAAUUGUUUUCUAUAUCUGUGAUAAAUAUUCUAAAAUUACCUCACUCCUGUGGUGCAUUAUAAUAUUUAAUACACAUUCUCCUCCUUAACCACUCAGUAUAUACUGAGUCCUCACAGGACAAGCAUGGCGUGUAUGGAGUCCCCAGUUCAAUCCACUUCAGUGCUAAUUCUUCAAAUCUAGUUCAUGUGAUUGACAGGUCAUGUUUUUGAAGGUUUGUGUCUCUGGACCUGAUUUUGCUGACUUGGCAGUUUGUAAAUCUGUCAGGAUCGGUUUAUUUUAGUGAAGCGGUAUAUCUUUGAGAUAUAUAUGAAGAUGUCAGUUUUAAUUGAGACCCUGAGGUCUCAUUGACAGUGUGUUUUAUUGAUUGCUGAUGACUUUUCAUUAGCUGGGUCUUUAAUCUCUGUGCCUGACAAAAAAAAGCAGUACGGUGACUAGUGCAUUGGUCCUGCGGCAAACAGGACUAUCAGCUGUUGUCUGAAAAAAUUUCAGUUUUUAUCUUUUCUCACAGAAGAAAUAUGGAGAUUUCAUUUUCUUUCUCUAUAUAUACGCGAGAACCAUUUAAAUCAUGAAGUAGUUGACACAAAUGUGUUUUUUGUCUCUGGAGGGAAAAAUGUCAGAAGAGCUUUUUGUCUUUGUCCAAAUAAGCUUGUCUCUGAAGCUAGCUGGAGUGUUUAUGUAUAUUAUGUAUAUUGUUGUAUAUACUGUAUGUGAUAUCUUCUGCACCGACUGCCCUCGUUACGCAUUCUCGUAUUAGGAACAGAGAUAUUUUGACGUGAAUCAAGAUGUCAGCCAAAAGUCUGUGCAUAUGUGUAUAUACACUUAAAAUACACACACAGGUGUGUAUGUACAAUACGGUACGCCUUGCUUGGAUAGACUCGUGGCAGUUUAAUGAAAACACAAUCAGUCAUCGCUGUUGUGAACUGAAAAUGAAGGUGUGCUUAUUUAAUCUCCUGGUUGUGUGUUGAUGUUGUAGCAUUGAAGUCGAGGUGCACUGUCUGUCGUCUUUCUCCUGCGAUUCAUGAGUGAUGUUUCACCAAGAUUAUGUAGCAGUCAUGAAAACUAAAUCAUCUGGUUGUUUCAGUCGGUUAAACCAAAGACACAUUCGGUUGCCUGGGUUCCUGUCUGUGCUCUCGUAUGAAGGAUAAAUGACACUGCUGGUUGUGUGGUCGUCCACAAAGUGUUAUUACUUAUAAAAACAUCCUCCAGGGAGUGUCUGUAAAAAGUGUGUUUAAAGCACAUUGUAGUCCAGCUCUUAUACUGCUUCAGGUCUAAUUUUUGAUUUGCUGUUUGUUCUUUGCAUUGUUUUCAUCUUGAAACCAGAGCGUACACAAACAAUAAAUCAAAUGGGGCGUUUAAGUAUUCUCACUUAUUGGCACAACCCAACGAUAUAGUCUUAAUUUUUCAUUAUCAGGAUAUGACAACAAUGGAAUAUGGAUGUAAAUGUGAACGUACUCGUGGUUUUCAGUGCUUGGAACCCUAUAAAAAUGUCUUUGACAAAACUAUCUCAACUCAAGGUUCACUUACAAGCUUUUUCCCCUCCAGAGCUUUCAACCAUAACACACGGUCUUCAUCAGCAUAGUAAAGCCAAUGCUUAACAUAAAGGCCAACUCGGACGAGAAGUCCUAAAAGUGCUAUUGGUGAAAUCAUGGCAGCUACCUUGUCAAGACGAGUGAGCAGACUCAAUCUGCUAGUGAAGACCAAGUGAUAUUGGUUGAAAGCUUAGGAAAAAGUGGGGCUUGAGUCGGGAUUGUUUCAGGGUUACGGAAGACCUUUCAUGUUAACUUUUAAGACAUUUCCACAUCUGUCCAUUUUCCUGUACUUUCCAACUGUCUCCUUUUUAAUUCUGAAUGAGAGAUGUUGGGCAACGGGAAAACUGGUGUAUGAGCACUUUAGUUCUGCUCCAGGUACGAGACUUUUAGCAAACCUCAACAGUAAAGGUGGAUGCUGCCUGUUGGUGCCACUGUUUGGAUCAACUCAAGUCUUAAAUGAUCUUUUGCUGUACUGAAAUGCUUAACCUUUUUGCUCUGUUUUAAAAACUUGGAAGCCAGUCAGUCACAUCACUGUGUCUGUGUGUGUCUGUGUGUGUCAGUCUGUGUGUAUCUGCGUGUGUGUUCACGCCACCAAAAACACUGAAGGAACAUUUCUAACAGACGUGUUUCUUGUUGUGUUUUUUUUUUUUUUUAAAUA